AUGUGUGGGAUUUUCUUUUCGUUGAGCUCAUCAAAGCCCACACUACCAACACAGGAGACCUGUACUCUGCUUCAAAAGCGAGGACCAGACAGCUACAAAACUCACACAGCGCAAAAAGAUAUCAACGCACAGGAGGGAGUGUCUCCUCCAGUUUCCUAUUAUCUCACCUUCACAUCUACAGUACUUUCAUUGAGAGGCGAGCAUGUGUUUACACAACCACUUGUAGAUCCCAGAACCCAGUCUGUGCUCUGUUGGAACGGAGAGGCCUGGAAGAUUGCCGGGGAGCGCGUCCAAGGCAAUGAUACCGAACGCGUUUUCAACUUAUUUCUACAGGCAGUGGACAGCGGUCAGAAGGAUUCUGUUGAAAGAAUGGUUGAAGCUAUUGCAAGUGUCUCUGGACCAUUUGCCUUUGUCUUCUAUGACGCGAUCAACUCGAGACUCUUUUACAGUAGGGAUUGUCUUGGGAGGCGAUCUCUCCUGGAGGGAUUUGAUGAAAAUGGGAAUUUGAAGAUUUGCAGCAUCUGCGACAGCUCGUUGGUGGAUUGCUUUAAAGAAGUGGGCACUGAAGGUGUUUGUACGAUUGACCUAGCUCGCUAUCAAGAUCCCUCUUUUUCUCCCAGAGAGUUGUGCCAAAUUAAGAUCUUGCCAUGGAGCUCUUCUGCUUCGCCGCCAGCUGAUCACAUUGUAUGUCCUUCAUAUCUUUCCACUAAGAGCCGCAACUGA